GGCGUACACCACGUACACCGAUGAUCAGAGCUGUCUCGGCUGAAUGCUAGCUGGCUAGCUAACGGUCUGUCAACUCGCACACAUUGGGCUAGAAGGGGGAGAAUCGCAGCGGUGGAGAAGAAGGGCGACCCAAGCGCCGCUACGAAAUGGCCGGGCAACAGUUCCAGUACGAUGACAGCGGCAACACGUUUUUCUAUUUCCUCACGUCCUUCGUCGGACUUAUUGUGAUCCCAGCCACAUAUUACCUCUGGCCCCGGGAUCAGAAUGCUGAACAACUGCGUCUGAAGAGCCUGAGGAAGGUCCAUGGAAGGUGUUUGUGGUACCGACUGCGGCUGAUGAAGUCGCAGCAGAGCAUCGUCCCAACACUGAAGAAAGCAGCUUUGUUAUUUGGCUGGGCUGUGUUCCUGCUGCUAGCAUACAAAGUGUCCAAGCUGGACAGAGAGUACCAGGAGUAUAACCCAUAUGAAGUCCUCAACUUGGACCCGGGUGCAUCGCUAUCAGAAAUCAAGAAGCAAUACCGUGUGCUAUCACUCAAGUUCCAUCCUGACAAAGGCGGUGAUGAGUCCACAUUCAUGAGGAUUGCCAAAGCCUAUGCUGCUCUGACAAACGAACAGUCACGACAGAACUGGGAAACAUACGGUAACCCGGAUGGGCCGGGAGCCACCAGUUUUGGUAUUGCCCUGCCCGCCUGGAUUGUUGACCAGAAGAACUCAAUGCUGGUGCUGCUGGUAUAUGGACUAGCCUUUAUGGUCAUCCUUCCUGUUGUUGUGGGCACAUGGUGGUACCGCUCCAUCAGAUACAGCGGAGACCAGAUCCUCAUCAACACCACGCAGCUCUUCAUGCAUUUCAUGUACAAGACACCCAACAUGAACAUGAAGCGGUUAGCCAUGGUGUUGACCGCAGCGUUUGAGUUUGACCCCCGCAGUAACAAAGACGCCACCAUACGACCAACAGACAACAUCGAAGUUCCACAGUUGAUCCGUGAGUUGGGAAACAUCAACGUGAAGAAGAAGGAGCCUCCAUUCUGCUAUCCUUACAGUUUGAAGGCCAGGGUCUUAGUGCUGGCUCACCUGGCACGCAUGGACGUCUCAGAGGAGCUGGAUGAAGAUCAGAGGUUUGUGGUGAGGAAGAGUCCCGCUCUUCUCCAGGAGAUGAUCAACGUGGGCUGUCAGCUUACCAUGAUGGCCAACAGCAGAGGAGGUUUCCAUGCUCCUCGACUGGUUACCAUAGAGAACUGUAUGAAGCUGACCCAGAUGAUAGUGCAGGGUCUGCAGGAGUCAAAGUCACCGCUGCUGCAGCUGCCCCACUUUGAGGAGGAGCACCUCCGCUACUGCGUCUCUAAGAAGUAUAAAGUCCGGAGCCUCCAGGACCUGGUGAGCUUAAAGGACUCCGACAGACGCAACAUGCUGCGCUUCCUCGGGGAGGAGAAGUACGAUGAGGUCUUUGCUGUGUUGGGCAGCUUCCCUCACAUCACCAUGGACACCAAACUGCAGGUCCUUGAUGACGAAGACAGCAAUAACAUCACAGCAGGCUCCAUCGUCACAGUCACUGUCACCUUAACCAGAAAACGGAUGUCGGAGGUGUUUGAAAAGGAGCAGGACUCAUCAACACCCUGUCUAACAGAGGAGGCUGCCACUACAGAGGAAGCGGGAGACGCGAGUAAAACCAAAACAAAAGUGUGGCAGAACAAGAGUAAAGGGGCUAAGAAGACAGCCAAGUCCAAGAAGAAAAAAUUAACCAAGAAGAAGGCCACUCCAGCGCCUGCCAAAACCAAGCAGGCCAACGGGACCGUGGCAGGAAAUGAGGUGGUCACAGCAGCAACAGCAGCAACAGCAGCAACAGCAGCAACAGCAGCAACAGCAGCAACAGCAGCAACCGCAGCAACCGCAGCAACCGCAGCAACAGCAGCAACAGCAGCAACAGCAGCAACAGCAGCAGCAGCAGCAACAACAGUAACGACAACAACGACGGUGGUUAAGGAGGAAGAGGACGAGGUCUCAGACAAGGGCAGCGAAUCAGAAGAGGGCGAAGCCAACAAGGACUCUCCCAGCGAGAGGGACGAAGACAGCGACAAGCAGAGCGACACGGAGGUGGACGAGAUGGCUGGAGACGAUGAAGAGGAGUGGGAGGCGUUGCAGCAGAGCAUCCAGCGGCGGGAGCGGGCCCUGCUGGAGACCAAGUCAAAGGUGACGCACCCCGUCUACAGCAUCUGCUUCGCCGAGGAGAAGCACGAGUGGUGGUGGCUGUACAUCGCAGACCGCCGGGACCAGACCCUCGUCUCCAUGCCCUACCACGUCUGCACGCUAAAAGACACAGAGGAGGUGGAGCUGAAGUUUCCAGCACCCUCCAAAACAGGCAACUACCAAUACUCUGUGAUACUUCGCUCUGAUUCCUACCUGGGACUGGACCAGAUCAAACCACUCAAGCUGGAGGUCCACGAGGCCAAGGCCAUGCUGGACAACCACCCGCAGUGGGACAUCCCCGACACAGAGGAGGAGGACGAGGAGCAGGAGGACAGCGACGGCAUCGAGGAGAGUGAAGACGACGACGAGGACAACGACUGAAUGUGGAUACACGCACACACAGCCCCCCCAAACCCCACCACCACCCGACCCCCUCCCCAUGGACUGACCACCCCAACCCACUCCCGACGCCACAGCAGCACUCAAGAGCAGCGAAAGCAGAGAAAGCAGAAGCUGUGCCCGCCACAAACACACACUGAACACACACUGGGGACAGUUUAUACACACAGAGCCCUUCUUCUUCUUCUUCUUCCCCUCCAUUUUAUCUUUACAUAGACUGUGACCCCGCCCCUCCAUUUUCCCCCUUUUUCUACUGAGACUUGUUCGUUCAGUUUCCGUUGCUAACGGAAGAGAAUUCUGUGAAUACUUGCCCAGGCCCUGAUGUGUGUGUGUGUUUGUGUGUGCAUGUGAGAGUGCGAGUGGAUGAUGUGUGUUUGUAACCUUGUAUGUGUUUGUACAGGUAUGGAAGAUUGACACACUGUGGACUGGAGGACCUAUUAUCUGGGCUCUUUUCUCCAAGGGGGGAGAGGGGGAUGUAUAACAGCUAAUUCAGUUUUGCAAAAUUAACAAAAACACAUGACCUCCGAAUGGAAAUCAUGGCAUCGCUCUUUUUCCUAAUUUUAAAAAAUCACUCGGCACCAAUGGUUUCCACACCAAUGAUACUUUCUACUGUACACUUAAAAACUGCAGUGUGAGCUUUAGAUUGCUUCGGAACACAUCCGAGGCAAACAUUGGGACGUUUCUGCUCCUUUCAGCGCAUGGGGGCACAGUAAUGUCUUGUCAGGUUUAGUUUUUUUCAUUUCGUUUUCUUUGUCACACCAGCCAGUCACUUAUAUGUACUUGUACUCACUGUAUGUUUAAGGAGACGUCCACAGUUGGACACUGAUCUACAGUCGGUUCCGUUAAUGAUGCCUGUUCUGCCCCUGUAAUCCAGGUCAAACUGUGUUGGUUGAAAAUAGGUGGAUCUUGAAAUGAAUUGACCUCAAGUAUACUGGGGGAAAAUGGCAAAACUAGCAGUGUUAACAUUUCUUUGAAUUAUUGAGUACUCUUCUCGUCCAUAUACUACAUACAAAUGUGAGUUUUCAGUCUUUCUAAGGGGCUCAGAUACUGAUAUAUAUAUAUAUAUAUAGAUAUAAAUACUUGUGGCUUUUCGGAGAAGUUCCUUUCUCUUCAUCCUUUUAUUUUUUCCUCUUUACAAUUGUAGCACAUUCCAGUGUAUACUCAUUGUCCAAAAUGGCCUUAUGAAUACAACUGAAAUACCACAACAUAGUAGUCCUUGGGUGCUAUGCACCAUUGGUUCUUGGGAGAGCAGAAAAAAAAGUUUGUUUUGUAACAGUGUUUUUCUUUUGUUUCCGUAUAGAGAUAGCCUCUUCAUAGAAACCUAUAGCUCCUCAGUCUUGGAAUACAUAUCACUGAGUAAAGUUGUGUCUGCUGAAAGAGGAUUAGCAAUCGUACGUAACCCGCUUUGUGUUAAAGGGAUUGGAGUAUGGGGUCCCUGACACGCACAGCACUCAUGAUCUGAAAAGUGUCUCGAGCUAAAACCUGUUGAAAGUAAUUUUUUGUGUAAGACAGAUGAUCUUCUGUGCAGCACCUUUUCCUUUUAGUCAUUAAAGCUCAACAAUGUCUGUUUUUUUAAUUACCGCCAUUUUUUUCAAAUGAUAAGUGUUUUUUCCCCACAACAUUGUAAAGGCAUUUUGUUUUUGAUUUUCCGUCUGGGGGAGUACAGAGCAGUUCUGGCUAACCAAGAGACCCUUUUUUCAUUUAAAAGUUCACUUAAGCUUUAGUGACAACAAAUAUAAAACAUUGUCUCGUUUCGUUCCAAUCUAACUUUGGUUUUUACAUCUGUUAGACUCAUGAGUGCAAAAAAGAAAAAUCAGAGCUUCCUUGUGUGGCUCUGUGGGCUCUCACUGUAUGUCGACGACUUGACAGUGUUUAAAAGAAAUUUAUAAUCUUUCACCAUAAAUAUCCACUUUUUUUUUUAUUGUAUAGUGUGUCAUGUUCGAGUGGGAGAGUUAAAGAUAUGACUAUUUGUGGGCACGCUCUCCCAACACCACAUACACAACCUCACGUGCGCACUAUCCCCUCCCAUAAUUGCGUUCAAAACAGGUUUAUGCUAACAGGCAAAAUUGUACUCUUGAGUAUUUAUCGCGGUGCAAUAGAAUGUAGCAUCAGUGAUUUACGCUGUGUGGGAAAAAAAAUCUGCAGUGAGGUUAAAUACGACACCAUCUCUCCCAUGACGGAAGAUGUUCAGGCGACUGGCCGGCAGGCCGCCUCAGUUUGGACAAAUUACCCAAUGACUAUCUAUCUGCCACUUUUGUUUACAAAGGAACUGUCAUUGUAAAUGGAAAAGUAUAUUAUUUGUAUUUAAAAUCAUUUCAAAUAAAAAACUUUUAAAUGAGA